CCCCAAUGGACGACCCCAGAGUCCCUAAGGUUUCUAGCCUUGCCACCGACUCUUAUAUCGCUGAUCCGGUUCGCCAUGCCCCCGUGAUGGAUUUCGACCCUCAAGACGACCGCUCUCGUCGCGCUGCCAGCGUAUUAUCCAUGGACGACCUCGAGGCGGCACAGGCCCUCGAAGGCCUUCGUUCCGAUUUCGGACACUCGCCACGAGCAUCGCAGACCAUCUCAGCAGCUUCACCGGACCCUGCGCAACCGGAGCCACUUCUUUCCCUCUUAACCUCCUCCCACCCGCUUAUCUCCUCGACCAUCUCCAAGUCCGUUUCCGCAUACACCAGUUCGAAGUCAUACUCGGCGCGUUUCAAGUCCGGCGCCGAGUUCAUCGAGCGCAACAUUGGCUCGCCCGUCGCAAACACCGUUGGAACGGUUGGACGGAAGACUGGUGUCGAGAGCGGAUUGCGCUGGGCGCUUCAGCGACGGGAAUCGACCGCCGACUCGGACCACUCGAGUAAGCGCCGCAAGGUAGAGGGCGACCAGAUGGAUCUCGAGCAGGGUGCCGAUAUCACCGAUCAGCCACGGACUCGAAGAUCUUCGGAUCUCUCCAUGGCGGAGACGCUCCCACCUUAUGAUGAGAUGAAGUCUCCUCUCUAUGAGGAAAGGUCCUGGCGGCAGGCCCCGCCCACCUGGCAAAGUCGGCUGGUAAUUUCGACUUCUGGACUCGGCGUGGCAAUGAGCGAGGAGUCGCUGCGCAGUUUGACCUACUGUCUAACCUGGCUUCGUUGGGCUAACGGUCGGCUGGGUAAAGCAAUCUUGGCUCUCCAGAGUGCCGUCACGGAGUGGGAGAACCACAAGACCCGCUUACAACAGCAGGGCGACGCCGAGAAUGGGGAGCGCUCGAACAGUCCCGAGAAUGCGUCUCUGUUGACGCAACGCAUCCAAGCUGUCAGGGAGGAUGUGCUGUCGACUUUGAAGCAGGUUGUCGAUGUCGUGUCCAAGUACGCCGGAGGUGCUUUGCCAGAAAAUGCCCGUCACUUGGUUCGACGACACUUGACCUCUCUCCCCCACCGAUUCCAGAUGGCUAGCACAUCGCAGCCUCCCCCGGACUCUCCUGCAGCUUCAUCCGAUGCAACUGUCGGAGCCCACCGGAUUCUCGUCUUGGCCAAUGAAGGUCUGGACAUCUUGGGCCAGGUCAGCGGCGUGGUGAACGACACCCUGGUUAGUGCAGAGCACUGGUGUGAACGUCUGGGAAGAAAACGCCCCGAGAACAUCUCCGCACCGGAUGCGGAGAAGGAACAGCCCCCUGCGCCGAACGCUCAACCGUACGGUAUGGAUAUCAAGCAACCUAUUGCCAACGGGGCUGCCUCGGAGGAUGUUGAGAUGACGGGUACUGAGAAAACAUGA